GUACAACGACAGGUCGCAGUCUGUCAACCUGGUACUACGGUGCUGCAAGAUGUAUAUCUGAAGAAUUCCAGUCAUGUCGACGCUCACCCUGUAGCUAUGUCCAACUGGCGAGAGGACUACUAUGCCGCUCUAGUGGCUCGUGACAAACAAGAGCAAGCAAACAGCAGUCUUUACGAUGCUUACACUCGACUCGCCGACCGCACAGCGGCAAACGCUGCACUCGUCAGUAGGCGACAAUCUCAACCUCCCGAGGUAGCAGGCAACCCCUCUUCUCCUAAAAGAGCCUCCACUCCCCAGCAACAACAGAAACAACGAUCACAGAUUAACGGUAGUGGUGCUGGUGCGGCGUCACAAAGUGCCCUUCUAGCAGCUAGGGCAGACCUAGCUGCCGCCCAACGAUCUCGCUCCGAGCUCCAAGAACAACUAAACCGUACGACCGCGGAGUUGGACAAAUUAAAAUCCAAGACGCAACAGGAUUCUCGACGGAUAACCUCUCUAGAAGGAGAACGGACACAUUUGAUUCUUAGGUUGAAAGACCGGGAUGAGGAGUUGCGAGGGAAGGCGAAGUUAUUGGAUAGUGUCCAAGAUGAAUUGGCGUCUCUCAACUUACAGCUCAAUAUGGCCGAGGAUCGUUCCAGUAGAUUACAGCGGGAGAAUCAGGAAUUGAUUGAUCGGUGGAUGGCCCGUAUGGGUAAGGAGGCUGAUGCGAUGAAUGAGGCUUCUAAGUUUUAGCAUAACAAUCACUACAUCUAUUCACGAACCUGCUGAGCCGGGACAUGUACUCUAUAGAUACUAAUAUACAUCCUAGAUUUCCUGAGUCUAUAUUUUAUGUAAAGUGAAUCUAAACUAGUGUACAUAACAGUUCCCCAAAUACGGACACGAAACCGAUUAGCCCUAUAGACCGACACGGAUAGCCCAAGCACUCAAGGAAAUACCAAGAUUUUUAGGUGAAAUGACAGGCCGGCGCAUAGUCCAGCAUAACAAAAAGUGGUAUCACACGAAAGUCAGAAAAGACAAUGGUCUAGAGGCUGACAUCGACCCAAAAAUAUGUGAAGAACUCAAAAUCCCUGACUAUCAGCGAAGGCCUUGAGCCUAGAACUAUCCUUCUUGGCGAUGAAAUAAGUACCGCCCACAUCCGUCCAACUCACAGAGUCAGACCAAUAAUUCAGCUGCCUGACAUCUAACAAAUUGAUCGGCGAGUUCAAGUUUCGAGACGUAAUCUUAUGACCAGCCGGCACGAAGGAUUUGAGCGAAACAAUUUUGCAGCCCUCUUUCAUAUCCAAAAAGUGGUUGAUCAACUCAUUGUUUAGUUGCGGGGUGAAAGCUUGGUUGUUGAUAAGCACGACGUCGGCCCGUUUGAGAACCUCGAUUAUGCUUUGUUCUGUGAGGAAGUCGCCUUGGAUGAGACGGGUCUUUCCCGGCGUGAUUCCCCAUAGACUACAUCGUGCUUUGAAUUCAGCUUGUUGCAAGUCGGCCAAGGUGCAGGCGUUGGGCAUCAUUUCACAGCCCCAGCUCUCGCAUCCAAUCUCGAGUGCUGCUUGUAGAACGACAUUUCCAACUCCAGAGCCUAGAUCAACAAAUACCUGGCCUGAUUUCAGGUGUGUCUCUUUGAAAAUAGUGCUAAUAAACCGAGGCAGGAGUUCUCCAUACACAUUAUCGGUUCCGUUUUCAUAUUGUCGUAGCGAGUCGACUCGAGGCGAAACCGUUCGGGAAUAUAUCUGCGUCAAUAUGCGCUCCACGAGGGGCAACUGCAAAACAUGCGUUUCAUCCAGAUGCUUCGCGAUAGACCCGUCGGAGACAUAUUUCUGCACAGCGCGGUUGUAGUCUGAUAUGACCUCUCGAAACUCGGCUUCGGAAGCAUGCGCGAAAGCUCGGCGAAUCCGUCUCUUAAUCCCUGUCGACUCAUUAUUGAAUUCAUCAAGCAUAUUCUCAGGGAUAUAAUACUCGGAAACCAUCUCUACCACCUGAAAAAUAUCAUCGAGUGGCUUGAAAUCGUCAUUCUCCUUCGAGACGGCCAGUUGGUAUCUUUCGCCUUCAAAUGUACUCGGAUACUGUAAUGUGAUUUCUGAUAAUUUCUCAUCAACGCCCUUCUCGAACGCCGGCUUAUAUUUCCCCGCGGCUUUUGCGGCUGUGAUAUUUGCUGCAUGGACCAUUCUAAGGGUCUUGGGCCCAUCUUUGGAAAAUGCCUCCACCGAUCUUAUGCGACGAGAUAAAUCCGGUUCUACACUAUCGCUCAACUUCGCGCGUUUGCGUACCUCAAACGAGGUAUCCGUAUCGUUGUCGUCGUCAUCGUCAUCGCUCUCAAGUCGCUGAAUAGGCGACGGCCUUUUCAGAUUUCGACGAGAAAUAGGAGUUCGAAGACACUGUUUUCCCGAGGAUUCGUUAUUCCGGCUUUGUGCGUUGGAACUUCGGCUCUUUACAAUAGGUGUAGACCUUAUCGAAGGCGCAACUUGAGAAUCUGUGGUGCCUGCAGGUGACGAUCGCGACUUUGGGGCGGGCUUUUUUUGAGUAACAACUUUGCGAAUUUGAGGCUUUUUUGCUUGCAGCGAGAACCCGUUGCCCUUUUGUAAGUGGUCAAAGAAACCCAUAUUGUCGAGGAUGCGCAGAUAUCGGACGCGCCGUAUGAGCCGGUCUUGGGCCACGUGGGAAGGGUAGAAGAGUAUUGAUGAAUUAUGCUAUGAAUACAACAACAGAGGAUGUAUGGAGAAUGAGUGGCAACGAUAUACAAUAACUGUACAGAGAAAAUAUAAACAUAACUGGGUAAGAGAAAGAGAUGCAAAAAUGAAGAUGCCGAUUAGUGAUGGGACGGAAAAAUAGUUAGAAGGUCAGGUCAGCCUCAGGUCCGGGUGGCGGUUUGGUGGGCUGUCAAUAGGCAAGUGCCGCAGC